AGAGAGGUAGUAGUAUUGAGAGAGUGAGUGAGAGUGAAAUUAUAAUAUAUCAUAAGGAAACAAAAAGGGCAGCAGCAUAUCAUAUAUUUUCAUGGCUUCCUCUAACAGACACUGGCCUAGCAUGUUCAAGUCCAAACCUUGCAAUUCUCAUCACCAAUGGCAACAUGACAUCAAUACUACUAGUCUCUCUUCUUCCGCUCCCAAUUCCUGCCUUAGAUCUGCCCCUUACACUACAGCUGGUGGGUGUGAAGAGAGGAGUCCAGAACCAAAACCAAGAUGGAAUCCAAAACCUGAACAAAUUAGGAUUCUUGAAGCAAUUUUCAAUUCUGGGAUGGUGAAUCCUCCCCGAGAUGAAAUUCGAAAAAUUAGAGCUCAAUUACAAGAAUACGGACAAGUGGGUGAUGCGAAUGUGUUUUAUUGGUUUCAAAACAGGAAAUCCAGAAGCAAGAACAAACUCCGCCAUAUCCAAAACUCCAAAUCCAAUCAUAAUUCCCAAACCACUACAACAACCGCCACCACCGCCACCGCCACCGCCACUUGUUCUUCCUCUUCAUCCUCUGACAAAUCUUCUCCCCAAAAACCUCCAAUUAAGACUCUUACCUCCAAUAAUUCAGUGACUCAAAACUACCUUCAACAACCCACCAACGAGAUUUUGCCUGAUCCCUUUUUCUUCCCAGUGUCCUCGACACAGACCGGGAGCGGCGGUGGAAGCUGUAAUUUGAGUCAAGGGUUUUGCUUCUCGGAGCUGUGUAGUGUAGUGCAGCCAGUUGCUGAACAUGGAGUUGGGCCUUGCACAAGCCUGUUGUUGAGUGAAAUUAUGAGCCCAACUGAAACCUUAAAGAAAGAUUUGGAUCAAGACAAGAUUAAUAUGGUGAAAUUACAGCCACAAUUUAUGAAUUUUCAUCCUUCUAAUUUGACUACCUCUAUUACUGAUCACACUCUUCCCCAGACCACGAUUUCCACCCCUCUCACCACUCUUCCGUCUCCUACCAAUACAAUUCCUCAAGGUGUAGGAGAAGUUUGUGGCGUAGGAAAAUCAACCGUAUUCAUCAAUGGUGUGGGUUUCGAGGUGAAUUCUGGACCGUUCAAUGUUCGCGAGGCUUUUGGUGAUGAAGCCGUUUUGAUUCACUCAAACGGUCAGCCUGUUCUCACCAAUGACUGGGGUCUCACUCUCCACUCACUCCAACAUGGUUCUUACUAUUAUCUGAUAUAGAAGAAUGGAAGAAUGUGGAGGGAUGUACUAGGGGAAUAAUGAAUUAAGCUGCAUGUGUUUCCUGUGCCUGUGCCUCUGAUAUAUAUCUCUCUCUAUCUAUGAGUAGCUAGGGUUUAGAUUUUACUGUUUGUGACCAAGCUCUAUGUAUGGGAGGAGAUUAUUAAUGAACAAUAUAAAUCCUUGGGGCAUUAUGUAAUUUGUAUUUUUUUUUUCUUAAUGGACUUUUUAUAUCAAUCUCCAUUUUAA